AUGAUCAAUACGACCCCAUGCGGGCUAUUCAAAGCCUAUUUCCUCUCCAUCUCCAAGAGAUCGCUGGUGUUGAGCAUUGUGUUUUCUGCAAUUUUGACCUUGUGCUUCAUCAGCUCCUCUCAAGAUGCCCUCUUUAGUAGACAGGAUGAUUCCUACAUGUAUGCUCGCAAUGAUACGCAUUUACUGUCUAGUAAAAACAACUUUGAUUGCCUCCCUUGCGAAUCACCUCCCGUAACAGACUGGAAACAUCGAACCUACAGUUUCAAGCAGCUGUUUGAAGCUUGUUUGGACAGGGGAAAGUCAGCAGAGUACUACAUCUCGAUCGUGCUUGUGGCGAGAAACGACAAUUAUGGCGAUGAUCAAUUAGAUAGAUUGCAAAACAUGCUGGACAGCACAUUUCUGAUGGCGCAAGGCACAAAGACUCGUAUGGAAGUACUGAUCAUUGAAUGGAAUCCAGUGGAGGGCAAGAGAAGCAUUGCAGACACCUACCGAUUUCGUCGAUCCAAACAUCUCACUUGGCGCAUCAUUACUGUACCUCCCAAGAUACACGACACUUUCCAAUAUCCACAUCCCAAGGCAUUGUACGAAUUUGAAGGUAAAAAUCUGGGUAUUCGGUAUGCUCGUGGCGAGUACGUUGUGUGUGUCAACCAGGACGACAUUUGGUCGCAAAACAUGUACAAUGCCAUCAAAUCAAAGGCUUGGAGGAAAAAAAACAUUUAUACACAGCGUCAAGAGAGACAUGCUCCCAACCAAGGCUCUAACCUGGAUGAUCCAGCCCUCGUGCGACUCUCUCCAUUUGCAACAGAUCAUGAAAUCCAAUCUAGCUGCAACUUCACGACUGGCUCACAGGAGCCUCAUCCAAUGCAAACGGCAUCGCUGUCAACUGAAAACUACUUGCAAAUAGGCCAUGAAGCCAGUGGUUUCACACUUGCUCACCGUGAUGUAUGGGCAGCUGUCGGUGGCUAUCGAGAAACAGGGGCCACUCUAUGGAUGGAUGUAGAGUUCUUGGCUACUGCACAUGCUAUGGGGUAUCCUAUUAUCUAUUCAGAAACACCGUUCAACUGUCAUCAAGCGCAUGUUAGAGUGGAACAUGAGGGUGCAAGCAAUGAUAGCAAGGGCGUGCAAGUGGAUCAGAUCGUUGAAAAGAAGAUAUCCCACUCAAACACCCGUCUGGGCAGGCAUUGGGGAUUAUCGCAUAUUCAAAAUUUGUAUGAGCAGGGUCUGCAAUGCCAAGUAUUCAGAGGAGGGUUAGGCGUGUAG